AUGCAAUCGCUCUUGCUCGAAAGAAAAUUAGGGAAUAUAACGCCGUUAAAGUUUGCUGCCGUAAUCACUGACAACUACUACUCAUCUCAGCUUUAUCAAACGGCUAAAUAUGAUGUAUUCCCCGCAAACUGUCACAAAAAUGCCCUGGUCAACAGUCUUGCGUUGGAGAGUAUGGACUAUCGGUUUUUAUUGAGUGGAUCAGGCGAUUCAUCCAUCAAACUUUGGGAUUUGCAUCAACAAGAUGAGAUUCGAAAAGAAAAUGAGGUUGAUGCUGGUUUUAAUAAGAUCCAUCAUCAUUCUAAAUUUGACACUUUUGAUUAUGAUAAUCCAGUGACUGCAUUUACCAAUGUUGCAAUUAUGCCAUCGCGAGAGUUUCACAAGUUUGGAAUCUCGGCACUCCAAUGGUGGCCAUUUGAUACGGGGUUAUUUGUAUCAUCAUCAUUUGACCAUUCAAUUAAAGUAUGGGAUACCAAUGAAUUAGUCCCUGUUUAUUCUUUUAAUUUAAAUAAUCGGGUUUAUUCCAUCGAUAUAUGUGGAGAAAGUUCAUUAAUUGCUACUGCCAGCGAUCAACCAUUUAUUAGACUUUUAGACAUGCGCUCGACUUCGAGCACCCAUACAUUAAGAGGACACAAGGGAAAGACACUCAGUGUUAAAUGGCAUCCCACUAAUCCAAACUUGUUGGCUUCUGGAGGAUAUGAUGGAGAAGUGCGAAUAUGGGAUAUAAGAAGAAGCAAAAGUUUAUUAUGUCGAUUAGAUAUGCUCACUACAAAUACAUCAAGAUCUUCUGAACCAGAGGCAAAUCUCACCCAGCAAUCAGUCAAAGCCCAUCUGGGUCCAGUCAAUGGGUUGGCCUGGGAUGAAUCAGGAACUACUUUGUUUACGGCUGGUAAUGACGACAAGAUUAGAGUAUGGGAUAUGAUUAGCACCCCAUAUCCGCCAAUAAAUAAGUUGAUCAAUUUUGGUCCGUUAACCAGAAACAAGUACCCGCAAACAACACCAAUCUUGUUGAAUCCCAAUGAAGAAACAGAAUUGCAGUAUCUUCUUUUUCCCUCAGAGAGUGGUGAAGUGCUUAUUUUCAGAACAAUCGAUGGCAAGUUGGUCAACCGAUUAACAAGAAGAGGUACCAAGAAUGUUGGAAGGACAUGCUCAAUGUGUAAUGGUGGACCAUUUACUGCCACCUACUACUGUGGAACCAUUGAUGGCGAGAUAAUAUGUUGGAAACCAUUUUGGGACUCAAUAGACCCAGAAGAAGUUGUGGAACUUGAAGAAGAAGGAGGAGUCAGUGUAGAUGCAGAUGAAGUUUUGUUGAAGAGGCAGAUAUUGGCACUAAAAGCACAAGAGUUGAUGAAGUCAACGGAGUACUAG